UUCAGUGUUCUGUUCUGUGGUUUGAACAAUAACCUAUUUCAUUAUUUUGAAAAUAAAUAUUUAUUAUAUGAAGGUUCAAUUAAUUAUUUCCAAAAUAAAAAUUAAGAUUCACUUAUAUCUUGUUAGAUAAUGUCUUGUAAUUAUGCCGACGGAUUGUCAGAAUAUGAAAAUAAGGGUGUUUUGGGAGUGCCAGAGAUUUUUGAUUCACCCGAAGAAGUGGAAAAAAAAUGCGAGGAAUUAUGUGAAAUGAUAAAAAAUUCUAGGCAUGUAGUGGUUCAUACUGGGGCUGGAAUCAGUACAUCUGCUGGAAUUCCUGAUUUCAGAGGCCCUCAUGGAGUGUGGACGUUGGAAAAGAAAGGAGAGAAGCCUUCAAUUAAUAUUUCUUUUGAUGAAGCACUGCCAACGAAGACUCAUCAAGCUUUAAAGCAUUUAGUUGACAAAGGAUUCAUUAGAUAUAUUGUAACACAAAAUAUUGAUGGUUUACAUUUAAAAUCUGGAGUUUCUAGAAAAAAUUUAGCAGAAUUGCAUGGAAAUAUGUUUACUGAACAGUGUAACAUUUGUAAAAGUCAAUUUGUUAGGAAAAAUGCUACUACUACUGUGGGUCAGAAACUCUUAGGAGCAAAUUGCAAAAGAGUUAUUGCAAGAGGUAGAUCUUGUAGAGGUAAAUUAGCCGAUACUAUAUUGGAUUGGGAAGCAAACCUACCAGAAGAAGAUUUAGAAAUGGCUGAUUAUCAUUCAAGUGUAGCAGAUUUGAAUAUAUGUUUGGGAACCACUUUACAAAUUGUUCCUAGUGGAAAUUUACCUCUAAGAUGUAAAAAGUACGGUGGGAAAGUUGCAAUUAUAAAUUUACAGCCAACAAAACAGGAUAAAAAAGCUGAUUUCAUUAUGCAUACUUAUGUAGAUGAAGCUAUAGAAAAAAUAAUGAAACGUCUGGGACUGGAAAUACCAGAAUACUCAAAAGAAACGGAUCCUACCAAGUUUGGAGGAGAGGAUAAUAAAAUAUCUAUUCCCUGGGAUAUUGUGAGGGAAGAUAUGAAAGAAGUUAAGGAUUUAUAUGAUAUUUAUUGUAAAAAUUUCAAGAAGAAGAAAAUGUUGAAAGUUGCACAUAAAAGAGAAGAGAAGAAAAAGGAUGAAAAUGAUGAUUCUUUUUGAUAUCUCAUAACUCAUAACAUAAAGAAAAUAACAUUUAUUUUAUUUUUAUAUCUUUGUUUUACAUAUUGUGAGUCAGUAUUCUUAUUAUAAU